UGAUUAUCGAACCAAUCAGAUGACUAUCAGUGGCUUUUGCACAAAAUAUCAGCCACAUGCAGGGGUGUAACAUUCAACAAGUUGUCCUCUUUGCAUGAAAUAAUACCUGAAGAAUAGCUCUUUUAGUAAAGGCCAGAUUCUAAUAAACCAAGACAUUUCUUUUUUUUUCUUAAAUAAAAGGUAUCGGGCUGGAGCCUUACACAUAGAAUCGUGUCCGGUCUUUAAACGACUAUAUUUAUUUUGACUUACCUACUCCUACCUAUGGAUCUUUCCAGAAAUCCAUCUUAAGCAGCUGGUCUCAAUCUUCCUCCGGCGAGCAGUUCGCCAAAUACACCCCUCCUAAUCUUGCCCAACAUGGCGCAAUCAUUCUCCCCUCGAUCAAUACUACUUUGUGUGGUUUUCUUAUUUUCUACAAAUGUCCUUGCUAUAUCCGCCGUCCUCGGUAUAGAUUUAGGUACCGAAUAUAUCAAAGCCACCCUCGUUAAACCCGGAAUACCCCUCGAGAUCGUCUUAACCAAAGAUUCGCGAAGAAAGGAAACCUCCGCAGUCGCAUUCAAACCCUCGCAAAAUGCCCCGAAGAGCGGCUCAUAUCCCGAGAGGGCAUAUGGCUCCGAUGCCAUAGCUCUAGCCGCCCGAUUCCCCGGAGACGUAUACCCUAAUCUCAAGACCCUCCUUGGCCUCUCCACAGGCGAUGCGAUUGUGAAGGAGUACUCUGCGAGACACCCAGACCUACAGCUAGAGGCGCACAAGACCCGUGGCACUGUUGCAUUCAAGAGCAAGGCUACUGCCAAUGAAGAAGCGUGGUUGGUAGAGGAAUUGCUAGCUAUGGAGCUCCAGAGCAUACAGCGCAACGCGGAAGCAUUAGCUGGUUCUGAUAGCACCGUUAGAUCUGUGGUUAUAACUGUGCCUCCAUUUUACACCGUCGAGGAGAAGCGCGCUGUGGAGUUGGCUGCCGAGCUUGUUGGUCUAAAGGUUCUAUCUCUUAUUAGUGAUGGCCUUGCUGUUGGACUAAACUACGCUACGAGCCGAACAUUCCCCAACAUCGACGAAGGAGGCAAGCCGGAAUAUCACAUGGUAUUCGAUAUGGGUGCUGGUUCUGCCAAAGCAACUAUCUUGAAGUUCCAGGGCCGAACAGUUAAGGACAUCGGCAAGUUCAAUAAGACAAUCCAGGAAGUCCAAGUCGUGGGAAGUGGUUGGGACAGAACUCUAGGUGGUGAUGCGCUUAACUACCUAAUCCUAGAUGAUAUGAUCUCGAAAUUUGUUGAGUCAAACGCUGCGAAAAAGGCCUCUGUAACGGCAGAGGGCGUUCGAGCACAUGGUCGAGCCAUGGCGAAAUUGUUGAAGGAUGCUGAAAGGCUACGACACAUUCUCAGUGCCAAUGUCGAUACUGGCUCUAGUUUUGAGGAUCUCUACGAUAACAUUGACUUCAAAUACAAGAUUACUCGAGCAGAUUUCGAAAAACUAGCUGAGGCACAUGCCGAAAGGGUCGGCAUCGCCGUUCAGAAGGCCUUGGACGUAGCCGAGCUUGACAUUAAGCAACUUGACUCGAUAAUCCUUCAUGGUGGCUCCUCCCGUACACCUUUUGUCCAAAAGGAGCUUGAGAAGAUUGCAGGUGCCGACAAGCUUCGUAGCAACGUCAACUCGGAUGAAGCGGCAGUUUUCGGUGCCGCUUUCCGGGCUGCGGAACUUAGCCCCAGCUUCCGAGUUAAGGAAAUCCGGAUCUCCGACGGCGCUUUCUACCCAGCAGGAAUGGAGUGGAAGAAUCCUCAGGACAAGGCCCAGCAGCAACGACUCUGGACCGAGCGAUCUCUACUUGGUGCUGCCCCGAAAGAAGUCACUUUCACGAACCAUGAAGAUUUCUCAGUCCGUUUCUAUCAACAGGUCCCCUCAGCUGAGGGAACCACGGUGAACAAGGAAACAAAAGUUUUCACAACGAAAAACCUGACAGCUACCGUUGCAUCUUUAGUUGAGAAGGGAUGCUCCCACCCCGAUAUCCAUUUCAAAGUCAAGUUACGCCUUGGCACUGAAGACGGCGAGGUAGAGGUCGACAAAGCUUCCGUUGAAUGCGAAGCUGAAGUACUGGAGAAGGAAGGUUCUGUCAUAGAUGGAGUCAAGAAUCUCUUCGGUUUCGGCAAGAACAAGGAUCAACAGCCAUUGAAAGAUGGCGAGGAGAGUACCGAGGACGCUUCGACUACCGAAUCUACUGAGACUGCUGCAACCUCUUUCGACUCCAGCACUACUUCGACAUCUGCAACUUCGUCUUCUGCUUCUGCCGAAUCUCCAGAGGCCAGCCCUGUCAUAAAAAAGAAGCAACUUGUUGUAAUUACCGUUGACUACACCGUAGAGAAGACAGGGAUUCCAUCACUACCAAAAGCAGAUCUCACUAAAGCGAAGGAGCGCAUCAAGGCUUUUGAGGCGUCUGAUAAAUCCCGAAGGUUGAGGGAAGAGGCUUUAAACCAGCUUGAAGGCUUCACCUACAAAGUCAGGGAUCUACUAGAGACGGAAUCAUUUGUGGCCGCCUCUACCCCUGAGGAGCGAGCUAAGCUAGAGAAGAAGGCUGGCGAUGCCAGCGAAUGGCUCUAUGAUGAUGGAGCUGAUGCAUCCCGCGAAGCACUCAAGUCUAAACUCAAGGGCCUCAAGGAUCUUGUAUCACCCGUCGAGAAGAGAAUAGAUGAGGCACAGAAGAGGCCAGAAUUAAUCAAGAGCUUGAGGAGCUCUCUAGGCCAAACGACCACCUUCAUUGAUACCAUUAAGGAGAAGAUUGCCGAGGCGGAUGCAUACAUGUCUUCCCUAAGCGCUAGCUCUACUGCGACAAGUGAAGCGAGCUCUGUUACUUCGGCCCCUUCACAGGGAGCUGGUGACUUCGAUGGUCUUGAAGAUGAAGAAACAACAACAUCAACGACGACGAGCGCUGUCGAGGAUCGUGGUCCAACACCACCCGUAUACACUAUUGAUGACCUGAAAGAAAUCACGGAUCUUUCGAAAUCUGUCCUUGAUUGGUUAGAAGAGAAGCUUGCUGAACAGGAAAAGCUCCCUGAAACCGCCAACCCUGUGCUGCUAGCAAAGGAUCUGAUUGAAAAGACGAAGAAGCUGGAGAAGGCCGGCAUGGACCUAGCUAUGAAGAGCGUCAAGGCCUUUGACAAGACCAAGAAGAAGAGCAGCAACUCGAAGAAGUCUAACAAGACGAAAACCAAGAAAACCACUACCAAGACGGGUAGUGACGGCGCAGAGCCGACGAUAGAGACUAAAGACGGGGAGAACUACAUUAAGUUCGGGCAAGACGGCAAGGGCCCGUCAAUGGAGGAGAUCGAGGAGAUGAUCAAGCGCAUGUCCAAGGAGCAACAAAAUAAAGAGGAGCCCAGGACGAAGCACGACGAGCUGUAAUAUGAGCCGUAGAUAGACGCUGACGAAUGAUAUGACUUGCCUGGUGAGGGCUACGAUUCUAGUUCACUGCUUCAGAAGAGUACCAAGGUCAACGAGUGAUAUCCAUGGAUGCAACUAAACCGAUUUGGUGUCUUCCUAGAACCGGCGGGAAGGAUGGCAUUAAUCUUGGUGUUACCAAAUCCAGAUCCGGAUAGUUACCCCUAUACUCAGGUAGGCACCAGAUAUUCCAACAUGCAUGUG